UGGUUGCGCUAGGAACUGACUAGCGAGGCUCAAUCGUCUUCUUCCUUCAAUCCCACGAACCAGAGGCGAAGCCGCGAGCUUACUAUCAGAAUCAGAAUUUCCAUUGCAAAUGGUUUCAUUAGCAGCUUCUUCACUCUCUGUUCUUUCAAAACCUUCGUUAAUCCUCAAUCCCAUUCGCGCCAUUUCUCGAAUUUCCUGCUCUCUCUCCUCUAAUUCCGCUCCCAAUGGAUCCUCUUCGUCUUCAUCUUCACUGGAGUUCAACAUCACGUUCGCGCCCCCAACUCCGAAGCCUAAAUCCAAAACUGAUGAUUCUUUUCAGUUUAUUGAUCAAAACACUGGCGGUCAGCUCUUCAUUCCGUGGAUAGUUCGCGGCGAAGAUGGCAACCUCAAGCUCCAAUCGCAUCCUCCUACACGGUUCCUUCAUUCCAUGUCGGAGGCUGAAGCCAAGCCCAAGAAGAAGAAGGUUUCUGUUGAUAAACGCGUUCCUGAACCCCCCAAGUAUUCUAAGGCUGCUCGAAGAUUUUACAAUGAGAAUAUUAGGGACUCGUCGCAACGUCUGAGUAAAGUUCUUGCUGCCGCUGGAGUGGCAUCAAGACGGAGCAGUGAAGAGCUUAUUUUUGAAGGUCGCGUGACUGUUAAUGGUUCUGUUUGCAAUACUCCUCAGACUCGGGUGGAUCCUGCAAGAGACAUUAUUUACGUGAAUGGAAAUAGGCUUCCUAAGAAACUACCAUCAAAAGUUUAUCUAGCCCUCAACAAGCCAAAAGGGUAUAUUUGUUCAUCUGGGAAAAAGGAGUCAAAGUCUGUGAUAAAUCUAUUUGAUGAUUAUUUGAAGAGUUGGCAUAAAACAUAUCCAGGACAACCCAAACCACGACUGUUCACAGUUGGCAGGCUUGAUGUUGCCACCACCGGGUUGAUUAUAGUGACAAAUGAUGGAGAUUUUGCUCAAAGUAUCUCACAUCCUUCAUCUGGUAUAUCGAAGGAAUACAUUGCAGCAAUAGAUGGUGCUGUUAGUAAGCAGAACCUGAUAACUAUCAGCGAGGGAACAGUAAUUGAUGGCGUCCAUUGCAUACCAGAUGCUGUGGAGUUACUACCACAGCAGCCAGACAUACCAAGAUCUCGUCUGCGUAUAACGGUACAUGAAGGAAGGAACCAUGAAGUUCGAGAACUUGUAAAAGCUGCUGGUCUAGAGAUUUAUUCAUUAAAGCGUGUAAGGAUUGGAGGCUUCAGACUUCCUUCAGAUUUGGGGCUUGGAAGUUACAUUGAACUAAAACAAAGUGACCUGAAGGCAAUUGGCUGGAAAAGUUGAGCUUCUGAUGACUACGGAUUUGUCCAUAGUUGUUGAAGCUUGAAUGUGCUAGGAGUGAUUUCAGAUAUGCCACAUGCAUGUAGUCACAGUACUACUUCUCUAACUGCUGGGACAGUAAUUGAACGUUUCAAGAGGUUGGAUACUGUUUAUUCCAGCUCACGCUUCACAUCAUGGCCACUUAUAUUUACAAUGAUGCCUGUGUUGAAGAUUUCAGUCAACGUUGAUGGUACAGAUUUUCAACCAUCAAAAUGUUAUAGACAACAUGAAUGGCAUGCCAUGCCAUUAUUUCGUAGGAUUAUUUUCUUCCCAAUGUGUAUUAGACUGAACAGUAAAGGAACAUACAGGUAGUUGCAGUGGUGCUUUGUAACAACAUGAAAGCGAGCAUGAGAGAAAUCUAAUGCUGUGCCUUAACCCUGUAUUCAUUACUCAUUUAUGACUUGACAUUUAAUUAUAUUCUUUUCACAA